GCCAGAGGCAAUCCGAUGCCGGGCACGUCGUUCUUUAGCGAUUAUCCUGCUCCUCCACCACCGCCGCACAUCGAUCACCCCUCGAACCUCGGUCUCGGCCUCAACAUGGGCCAUACCUUUCCGCGAUAUUAUGGCAUCGCAACCGCCCCCAUCUUCCACCCGGCCCAAUUCAAGCCCGUGACUCAGCAUCACAUUCCCGAGGCACCUGGGGUGUCCAAACCCCCACCGACAAGGCCUCAUAAAAAGUACCACCCCGAGGACGCCAACCGAUUUUUCGGCGUCAACUUGGAAGACUACAUCGGAAACAUCUACUCACUGUGCAAGGACCAAUAUGGCUGCAGAUUCCUCCAAAAGAAGCUCGAGGAAAACAGCGAGCAGUACCUCAACAUUGUUUUCCACGAGGUCAUUCCCCAUAUUGUCGAGCUCAUGACAGACCCCUUUGGAAACUAUCUGUGCCAGCGUCUCUUGGAGCACUGCAACGAAGAACAUAGAAACAUCUUUGUCAAAUCCGUCUCGCCUGAGCUUAUAUCCAUCUCGCUCAACAUGCAUGGCACCAGGGCUGUGCAAAAAAUGAUCGAAUCAUGCACCAACCCACAUCAGAUCCGACUUAUUGUCAUGGCACUCAAUAUGAACGUUGUCACGCUGGUUAAGGACCUGAACGGGAAUCACGUCAUUCAAAAGUGCCUCAACCGCCUAUCACCGGAGCACAACCAGUUCAUUUACAACGCUGUCACCAAAAACUGCGUCGAGAUCGCUACGCACCGACAUGGCUGCUGUGUGUUCCAGCGCUGCAUUGACUAUGCGACUGACGAACAGAGGAAACAACUCUCCCGUGCCGUGACGUCCGAGGCACUGACCUUGGUUCAGGACCCGUUCGGAAAUUAUGUGAUCCAAUACGUCUUGGAUCUCGGCGAGCAGCGAUUUGCCGAUCCGUUGAUUCGCCGAUUCAUUGGGCACAUUUGCUUGCUCUCGGUGCAAAAGUUCAGCUCAAACGUGAUGGAAAAGUGCAUCUCUGUGGCCGAACCUCGCACGAGAAAGGCGCUGAUCGACGAGUUGCUGAACAAGGAGCGGCUGGAGAAGCUGCUGAGGGACUCCUUUGGCAACUAUGUGGUUCAAACAGCGCUGGACUAUGCCAACCCCACUCAGCGAGCGCAGCUUGUCGAAUGCAUCAAGCCGUGCCUGAUGUCCAUCCGCAGUACUCCACACGGCAAGCGCAUACACAACAAACUGUAUCAAGAGCGAGCGCGACAGCAAGCCAACAGCCAGCGUGAAGUUGGGUCUGUCGAGCUGAGCCAGUUCCAGGGACUCAUGAACUUUGACUCUUCGUCGAUCGACACCAUGCGCUACUCUAUCUGAUUCUGUACAUAAUUAAGCCUGCACCCCGGGUCCCAUCCUUCCUGCUAGACAGCUACACUCCU